AUGGGUGGUUUUUCAAAGGUGGAGGGCAUUAUCAGCAAGCUGCUGCUGAACCCGGCGCACAACACGGCCGCACCGAAACAAGAUACGAAUAACUCUCCCUCGUCUUAUGUAAGACAGUCGCGGCUGCAGGCCUUCCAGGCAGAGACGGCGGCUGCGGCACCCAAGACGGGCUCAGCCAGCUACAGCCUUCAGACGCGAGGCAGCAGCGGUGGCAAGGCCCAUGACAUACGGGAGCUCGGGGGAGGGGAGAUGACGGAAGAGGAGGUGGUGUACCUAGUGAUGGAGUCGCGGAAGCUGUUCAUGUCCCAGCCGAUGCUGAUUGAGAUACGGGCCCCGGUCAACGUGUGCGGCGACGUGCACGGUCAGUAUCACGACCUGCUGCGCCUCUUCCAGCUUGGAGGGUACCCACCAGAUAGUAACUACAUCUUCCUCGGCGACUACGUUGACCGUGGCGAGCAGUCGCUAGAGACUGUUUGCCUGCUUCUCGCCUACAAGCUGCACUUCCCCAACAACUUUUUCCUUCUCCGUGGCAACCACGAGAGCAGCAGCAUUAACCGCAUCUACGGCUUCUUCGACGAAUGCAAGCGCCGCUACAGUGUCAAGCUCUGGAAGCUCUUUACGGACACCUUCAACUGCAUGCCUGUCGCUGGUCUCAUCGACGGGCGCAUUCUGUGCAUGCACGGCGGCCUUAGCCCGGAGCUGCACAGCCUAGAUCAAAUUCGUCGCAUCCUUCGGCCCUCUGACGUACCGGAUAGCGGUCUCAUCUGCGAUCUGCUCUGGUCGGACCCCGCCGAUGACCCGAUCACCGGCUUUGGUGAAAACGACCGUGGCGUGUCGUGGACCUUUGGCGAGAACGUGGUGGAGAACAUCACUCAGGCGCUGGAUCUCGACCUGAUCUGCCGCGCGCACCAGGUCGUCGAGGAGGGCUAUAUGUUCUUCGCGAAACGGAAGCUGCUGACCGUCUUUUCGGCCCCCAACUACUGCGGGGAGUUCAACAACUAUGGCGCCCUCCUGUGUGUCGAUGAAAAUCUCAUGUGCAGCGUGAAGCAGCUCGUGCCGCUCUUCGAAGUAGACCUGGAGGAAGAAAGUUGA